CCUCUUCCCAAAGUCGCCUCCUCUUCUACCAUUUCCGAUCGAUUCUCGAAGUGUCCGCUUGUUCUAUCGCUCUAUUUUUUCCCUUUUCUCGAAAUAUAUGCUUCUUGAAGUGUUCAAAGUUAUACUCGUAAUGUUCAUGUUAAAAUUGUCAAAGUUGGAAUCUUUCAUCUAUAACGCGUUGGUUCGGUGAUGAAAGUUGAAUCUUUCAUCUAGUUUUGUUUGGUCGUGUGAUGUUAGCUUUGUUUGCGAUGGCUCGAUGUGGCCGAGUUCUCAUGGUUCCUUGUCGUACCGUGCGACAGAAAAGUUCGGUGCUUUACAGCCUUUUUAGUGGCUUCUGCAACUCCGCUGAUUUGCCGGAGCUGCCUGAUUGGUUUAGGUACCCGCAGGGCCAGCAAAAUUUUGUGGAUUUUGAUGAUGAUUUUGUACUUCCAACCAAGUUGGAAUUUUUGGAAGAUAGUGGUUGCAGUUUGAAGGCCCACGAUUGGAGGUUGGAUUAUAGAAGGGGGUCUUAUGAUAUCGAUGAUGGUGAUAGUGAUAUCGAUACAAUCUGUAGCAUCUUGAAGUCAAACUUCACAUCCGUUGAAGCUGUCUUUCAAGCUUUAAAUGGCUUCUGUGUACAUGUGUCCGAUGAUUUGGUUGAUAAGAUAUUGAAGAGAUUUAGUGAUGAUUGGAGUCGAAGCUUUGGCUUCUUUAUGUGGGCUGAUACUCAAGUAGGUUACCAACACUCUCCUCAUUCUUAUGAUAUGAUGGUUGACAUUUUAGGAAAGUUGAAACAAUUUAAUGUGAUGUGGAGAUUGGUUGAUGAGAUGGUUCGGCUUGGGGGUUUGGUGUCACUGGCAACUAUGACAAAGGUGAUGAGAAGGCUUGCUGGAGCUGGUAGGUGGAAUGAUGCCAUAAGAACUUUCCAUCGCAUUGAGAGCUUUGGUGUUAAGAAAGAUACUAUAGCCAUGAAUGUACUGUUGGACACUUUAUGCAAGGAAAGGAGCGUUGAGCACGCAAGAGAUGCCUUUUUGGAACUACGGAUUGAAGUAUGGCCUAAUGCCAGUAGUUUUAAUACUUUAAUUCAUGGGUGGUGCAAAGCACGGAAACUAGAAGAGGCUAGGAGAGCAAUGGAGGAAAUGAGAGAAUUUGGUUUUAGUCCUUGUGUGAUUACAUAUACUAGUCUCAUUGAAGCUUAUUGCUUGGAGAAGAACUUCAGAAUGGUUGAUGCGAUCCUUGAUGAGAUGCGUGUGCAUGGGUGUCAACCAAACAUUGUGACCUAUACUAUUAUAAUGCAUUCUUUAGGGAAAGCCAAGGAAAUUCAAGAAGCUUUGAUGAUUUAUGAUAAGACGAAGACUGAUGGAUGUGCUCCUGAUACGUCAUUCUACAACUCUUUGAUUUACAUACUAGGUAAGGCAGGGCGAUCACGAGAUACCAAUGACAUAUAUGAGGAAAUGUGCAAGAAUGGCAUCUCUCCAGAUGUAACCACAUUCAAUACCUUAAUUUCAGCUGCUUGUGAUCACUCUCAGGAGGAGAAUGCCUUGAAGUUACUCUUUUCUAUGCAAGAAGUCCAUUGCAAACCUAACAUCGAGACCUACACCCCGCUAUUGAAACUUUGUUGUAAACAGAAAUGGGUGAAGAUCCUCAUGUAUUUACUUGGACAUAUGUUUAAGAAAGAUAUUAGUCUUGACCUUAGCACCUACAGUCUUUUGGUACAUGGGCUUUGUCGAAAUGGGAAGGUAGAUCAGUCAUGUCUAUUUUUUGAAGAAAUGGUGUUGAAGGGGUUCAUUCCUAAACAACAUACAUACAAUAUUCUAAUUAAGGAACUUAAAAGGAAGAAUAUGGAGAGUUUAAAGGUGAAAAUACAACAAUUAAUGCUGCAGGCUGAGAGUAUGAAGCUAUCUAAUCUUCAUGCAGUCAAUAAGGAUGAUAUUGAAUGAAGGCCAAGUGAUUGUUUGUGGUGGCAGUGUAUCUCUUUCUGAAUUAGGGUAAGGCAGCUAACCUCUUUUGGCUGCUGGAGCUCCAGCUAAGGUUGAUCUGGGCUCGGAUUUGUUGAGUUAUCAUAGUGCUUCCUGGACCAAGCCCCCCUAGUCUAUGCUGAGAUGUGCGUCUCUAAUCUACUCGGUGCUGAUCGAAAUGACUUGAGCUAUGCUGUUUCGGGUAGCGCUGGCCUAGCUGUGCCAACGUAGGUUGUGCCGAUCUCAGCUAUGCACCAGGUACCCAGACUAGCCUUCACAUUAUCUCUGCUGAGGAUCAAGCAGUUGGGUCUAUUUGUCUUGGAGAUCAUUGUUAUCAAUGCAUUUGUCACGUGGGAUGUGGCUGAUUUGCAGCAACCAGUGUUCAUUUGUCCAAAGCAACAUCUAUGGUGGAAACUGAUGGGCUUGCAGUGUGCCUAAGUCUAGGGUCUUCUCACUAAAUUGAAAUUUCAAUUCUAGAGUUGGAUAAUGCUGUUGUAGCAUUGUGAUAACUUGAUCCACCCGAUUAACAUGCCACACAGCGACAGAGGUGGAAACAAGGAUCAUCGACAACAGGCUCGCUAGCUCAAGUGAGACAGGAAGGUCUGAAAGGAUGCCAUGGUAGGAUGAAGAUUCAUCAGCUGAAGUACUUCCCUUGCAUGUUGGAGAAGCACAGAAUCAACCCCCUCAACUUCGGCGCAUUUGAAGCCCGUUCUUCAUUUUCUGUUCAAGUGCUUUGUACCAAGUACCAAUUCCAUCAUUUCAAAUUUCAUUUGUGAAUGGAUUAUCAAUCAUUGACACUAAUCUUAUUAUGUUUCCAUAUUCAUCUUCAGCACAUUUUAAUGUGCGACUGAAUAGGUUAGCAUAUCACUGUAUUUAAUGCUGUUCUUUAGAGGGCAACUGAUGUUAUCUAUCCUCAGAUUAUGUACGAGUCAACUGGUUUAUGCAA